AUCCAAUUCAGAAACAAAAAAAAACAAAAACAAAAAAAGAAGAAGCAGCGAUAGACCCGACCCGCCUAUAUAGUAAAAUCGUAAUAUUUUUACCCAUUUACCAAACCCUAGCAACACACACAAAAACCCCACAAAGCCCUUUCUUGCUCUCCCUUCACAUAAGGAGUAGCUGCAAUGGCAGGCACUGUUGACGAAACAACGAAAGCGGUCUCAGAUUUGACAAUGGAAUCGGAAGGAGCUAUGAGCAAAAAUGCACGCAAGAAGGAGCUGAAGAUCAAGCAGAAGGAAGAGGAGAGGCGGCGGAAAGAGGAGGAGAAGGCAAAGCAGGCUGCUGCCACAGCAAGCUCACAGGUUAAGAAAAAUGGAGCUACUGAAGAUGAAGAAAUGGAUCCAACGCAAUACUUUGAAAACAGGCUGAAGUAUCUUGCUACCCAGAAGGCAGAUAAUAAAAAUCCAUAUCCUCACAAAUUCUUUGUUUCAAUGACUGUGCUUGAAUAUGUAGAGAAGUAUGACGGCUUAAGCAAUGGGGAGCAUCGUGAUGAGAUCAGUGUAUCGCUAGCUGGUCGAAUCAUGAGUAAAAGAUCCUCCAGCUCUAAGCUUUUGUUUUAUGAUUUACAUGGUGGUGGACCUGGUGGUGGAAAGGUCCAAGUCAUGGCUGAUUUAAGCAAAUCAGAGUUGGAUGAAUCUGAAUUUUCUAAGUUCCAUUCUAGUGUUAAGCGGGGUGAUAUUGUUGGUGUGACUGGGUUCCCAGGGAAGACGAAGAGGGGGGAGCUGAGCAUUUUCCCAAGAUCAUUUAUAGUCUUAUCACAUUGUCUUCAUAUGAUGGCAAGGCAGAAAGCUGGUCCUGCUUCUGAUAAUGCUAAUGUGAAGAAAAUUGAUGGAUGGGUCCCAGGAAGCCCAAGGAAUCCUGAAACUUAUAUUUUAAAAGACCAGGAAACUCGUUAUCGUCAACGUUAUCUGGAUUUAAUAUUGAAUACUGAGGUUCGACAAAUAUUCAAGACCAGAUCUAAGAUCAUUCAAUAUGUUAGAAGGUUCCUGGAUGAGCGUGAUUUCGUGGAGGUUGAAACUCCGAUGAUGAAUAUGAUUGCUGGUGGAGCAGCUGCCCGCCCUUUUGUGACUUAUCACAAUGAACUUGACAUGAGGCUUUUCAUGCGCAUUGCACCUGAACUAUAUCUCAAGCAGUUAGUUGUUGGUGGCCUGGAACGUGUUUAUGAGAUUGGAAAACAAUUUAGAAAUGAGGGUAUUGAUUUGACUCAUAAUCCUGAGUUCACUACAUGUGAAUUCUACAUGGCUUAUGCAGACUACAAUGAUGUGAUGACCCUGACUGAGGAAAUGUUGAGUGGGAUGGUCAAGGAACUCACAGGUGGAUACAAAAUCAAGUAUCACUCAAAUGGGCUCGAUAAGGAUCCAAUUGAGAUUGACUUCACUCCUCCCUUCAGGAGGAUCGACAUGGUUGAGGAAUUAAAUAAGAUUGCAGAUCUCAACAUUAAUCCAGCAGAUCUCUCUAGUGAGGAAGCUAACAAAUAUCUUAAGGAGGCAUGCAAGAAGUUUGAUAUCAAAUGUUCUCCUCCUGAAACCACAACUCGUUUGUUGGACAAGCUUGUGGGGCACUUUCUGGAAGAGACUUGUGUAAAUCCCGCAUUUAUCAUUAACCAUCCCGAGAUAAUGAGUCCUUUAGCAAAGUGGCAUAGAUCAAAACCGGGCCUGACUGAGCGUUUUGAGUUGUUUGUCAACAAGCAUGAACUUGCCAAUGCCUACACUGAAUUAAAUGAUCCUGUGGUACAACGCCAACGAUUUGCUGAUCAGCUCAAGGAUAGACAGUCAGGUGACGAUGAAGCAAUGGCUUUGGAUGAAACAUUUUGUGGAGCUCUUGAGUAUGGGUUACCUCCAACUGGCGGUUGGGGUAUGGGCAUAGAUCGACUAUCUAUGUUGUUAACUGAUUCACAGAACAUUAAGGAAGUUCUUCUCUUCCCGGCUAUGAAACCACAGGAUGAGCCUUCUGCUAAAGCAACCGCAAGCUCUUAGGAUUAUUGGGACACAGCUUUUAUUAUACUUGAAGGGGUGGUCUUGUUGAUGGCCUGCGGUCGCUCUUUUUUGUACUGUUGUAUUUCAAGUUUUUGGGUAACAUAAAAAAUGUCAGAUUAUGGAUAUAGUAUUUGCUAUAUUCUUCAUCACUCACUUGUGAAUGCGACUAAUCUAUUUAUUGAAGUGUCAAAUUGUUGGAAUUGUUCUAC